CGGAGCGGAGCAGAGAGCUAGGCAGCGCAGAGCGGGACCCGGCUAGCAGCCGCUCCGCCUCCCCAGUCCGCAGAGCCCCGACGGCUGCGCCGCAGCUGCUCCGGGCGUCAGAGGACACGGGCAUGGCACCCCGCGGACAGCCUUGAGCUUGGGGUCGCGGCGCCGCAGGCGGCACCAUGGCCCUGGAGCAAGCGCUGCAGGCGGCGCGGCAGGGCGAGCUGGACGUGCUGAGGUCCCUGCACACAGCGGGCCUGCUGGAGCCCUCGCUGCGCGACCCACUGGACGCGCUGCCUGUGCACCAUGCGGCCCGCGCUGGCAAGCUGCACUGUCUGCGCUUUCUGGUGGAGGAGGCAGCCCUCCCCGCCACGGCCCGCGCGCGCAACGGCGCCACACCGGCCCACGACGCGGCUGCAACUGGCCACCUUGCCUGCCUACAGUGGCUGUGCACGCAGGGCGGCUGCAGAGCGCAGGACAAAGACAAUUCUGGUGCCACAGUCCUGCAUCUGGCUGCCCGCUUCGGCCACCCUGAGCUGGUGGACUGGCUGCUGCGUCAUGGCGGUGGGGACCCCACCGUGGCCACAGAUAUGGGCGCUCUGCCUAUCCACUAUGACGCCGCCAAAGGAGACUUCCCCUCCCUGAGGCUUCUCGUCAGUCACUACCCUGAGGGAGUGAAUGCCCAAACCAAGAACGGUGCCACGCCCCUGUACCUGGCGUGCCAGGAGGGCCACCUGGAAGUGACGCAGUAUCUGGUGCAAGAAUGCGGCGCGGACCCACACGCGCGCGCCCAGGACGGCAUGACCCCGCUGCACGCUGCAGCGCAGAUGGGCCACAGCUCGGUCAUCGUGUGGCUGGUGAGCUGCACCGACGUGAGCCUAUCUGAGAAGGACAAAGACGGUGCCACGGCCAUGCACUUCGCGGCAAGCCGCGGCCAUGCCAAAGUGCUCAACUGGCUCCUGUUGCACGGCGGCGAGAUCUCGGCGGAUCUGUGGGGCGGGACCCCGCUGCAUGACGCCGCGGAGAACGGGGAGCUGGAGUGCUGCCAGAUCCUGGUAGUGAACGGCGCGGAGCUGGACGUCCGCGACCGUGACGGGUACACGGCCGCCGACCUGUCCGACUACAACGGCCACAGCCACUGCACCCGCUACCUGCGCACCGUGGAGAACCUGAGCGUGGAGCACCGUGUGCUGUCCCGAGAUCCAUCCACUGAGCUGGAAGCAAAGCAGCCUGACUCGGGCAUGUCCUCGCCCAACACCACCAUGUCAGUGCAGCCACCAAACUUUGACCUCAGCUCGCCCACCAGCACCCUCUCCAACUAUGACUCCUGCUCUUCCAGCCACUCCAGCAUCAAGGGCCAGUGCCCUCCACGUGGGCUUCCCAGCGGGAGAGCUGCAGACAUACAGAGCUACAUGGACAUGCUGAAUCCAGAGCUGGGCCUGCCUCGGGGCAAGAUGGGGAGGCCUACGCCACCACCACCACCGCCAAGCUUCCCUCCGCCACCCCCCCCCCCCGGCACCCAAGUGCCCCCCCCCCCACCAGGCUACCCAGCUCCCAAGCCCCCUGUUGGGCUCCAUGCAGCUGAUAUCUACAUGCAGACCAAGAACAAGCUCCGCCACGUGGAGACUGAGGUCCUCAAGAAGCAGCCUAGUUCCCGCGACAGCCACAACGGGUUGCGGAGGCAGGAUUCCGGCCGCAAGCCCCGCGCUUUCAGCAAGCAGCCCAGCACGGGAGACUACUACCGCCAGCUGGGCCGCUGCCCCAGGGAGCCACUGGCCGCGCGCCCGGGCAUGGCACACAGCGAGGAGGCUGCGCUGCUUCCUGGGAACCACGUGCACAACGGCUGCGCUGCAGACCCCAAGGCGGCCAGGGAACUGCCACCGCCACCGCCGCCACCGCCGCCUCCCCUGCCUGAGGCCCUGAGCUCGCCACCACCUGCCCCGCCUCUGCCCUUCGAGGGAGCUGGCCCCGGCUGCGGGCAGCGCCGCUCUAGCUCGUCCACCGGCAAAGUGAGAGUCCUGAGGCACAGGAAGAGCACCAAGUCUUUCAACAUGAUGUCUCCAACCGGUGACAACUCAGAGCUACUGGCUGAGAUCAAGGCAGGCAAGAGCCUGAAGCCGACACCACAAAGCAAGGGGCUGACCACAGUGUUCUCAGGCAGCGGGCAGUCGGCCCCACAGCCUGACUCACCACAGCCGUCCGUGUCACCAGCACCAUCACGAGCCCGGAGCCCCACUCCACCAGCCUCAGGGCCCCAGCCACUGCUUAAUGGCAGGCUGCUUAAUGGCAGUAUGGCACCGGCGCCGCCUGCCACGCCUGCCCCGGGCGUGCAGCUAGACGUGGAGGCGCUCAUCCCCACGCAUGAUGAGCAGGGCCGGCCCAUCCCUGAGUGGAAGCGCCAAGUGAUGGUGCGCAAGCUGCAGCUGAAGAUGCAGGAAGAAGAGGAGCAGAGGCGGAAGGAGGAGGAGGAGGAGGCCUGGCUGGCCAGCAUGCCUGCCUGGAGGCGGGACAUCCUACGGAAGAAGCUGGAAGAGGAGAGGGAGCAGAAGCGGAAAGAGGAGGAGCGACAGAAACGGGAGGAGAUGCAGCGGGAGAAAGAGCAAUCGGAGAAGCUGCGGACACUGGGCUACGAUGAGACCAAGCUGGCGCCCUGGCAGCGACAGGUCAUCCUGAAGAAGGGAGACAUCGCUAAGCACUAGACAUCUAGGCCGUAGGGGAGCGGGGAGGGGAGGCAACCUUGCCCAGCCCAGCCCAACCAGGCUGGGAGUUGGGAGCCACGCAGUCCUCCCCUCACAUGCUGGAACUUCUUCUUGGUCCCCACCCCUAUCCUGGUCCCCGCAUCCCCAGCCCAGGGCGAUGAUGGUGCGUUUGUUUCCACUGCGCAGUCGCCCAGAGAAAGUGCCCAAGCUGCUGACGCAAAAGAUGCUGCUCAUUUGCAUGCUGACUUACAUAUAUUUGCAUGCUGGUUGAAUGUCAAAGAAUUGCAGAGCUGUCCCCAGUCCCGUGGGUGGUGACUUUGUUUUCCUGCAGGGAGCGCCCCCCCCUGCAGCCCCCUCCCCCGCACCCCAGAACCCACAUAGCUGGCGCAUCCUGGGCGGAGGCAGGCCCCAAGCUCGGGGAAGGGGUUUUCCUUCCUCCCUGACCCAGAUCUGUGCCCAGCCCAGCCUGGACCGCUUUUCUUAUCCCCGCUGAAGAUUUCCUCUCAGUCAUUUUGUUUACCAGAAACGAUGAAAACAGCCCGUUUGGACGCAGUUGCGGCUCCGGGGGCCCCACCUCUGACCCACCUCCUUCCAGUGAAGUCUGCGUGCUGCCGUCUCCAGCCAGGCUCCCUCGCUCCCCAGACCCUUUCACUGGCCGGGGGAGUAAGUGGAGAACGAGGGGCACCGGGGCACCUUCAAUUCCAACUGCUGUCCCUCCCCCUCCCCCCAGUCCCUGUCACCUCAUAACCGCAUUAAAGCUCUCUCAGCCGC